AUGUCGUCGCGAAUGUGGGAGGUUGACCCGGAGACAAAGACAAAGCUCCUCGCGAUUUCCAAAACGAAUGGAAAUGACAGGUGCUGCGAUUGCGGCGCCCCUUCGCCCCAAUGGGCUUCACCCAAAUUUGGCACCUUCAUCUGCCUGAAUUGUGCCGGAACACAUCGCGGACUCGGUGUUCACAUCUCCUUCGUGCGAUCGAUCACCAUGGACGCCUUCAAACAUGCCGAGAUUCAGCGCAUGGAGCUUGGCGGCAAUGAGCCGUGGAAAUCCUUCUACGAUGCGCACGCCACCACCGUCUCCGAAGGUCGCACUUUCGAAGACUCUACGAUCAAGGAGCGAUAUGAGGGAGAUGCAGGCGAGGAGUGGAAAGAGCGUCUCGCCUGCAAGGUCGAAGGUCGCGAGUACGUCCCCGGGCAGGAAAAGAAGAACAAUGUGCCGGUUUCACGGUCAGAAACGCCCAAGAGCAUGCAGGGUGUGCGGACUGCAUCGCCUGCGGCGUCGUCAAUUCGUUCCCAGGAUAGCCAACGUGGCAGCGGAGCGCCCACCAAGAAGGAGCAGAAUGAGGCGUACUUUGCCAAAUUGGGUGGCGAGAAUGCGACAAGGUCGGAUGCUUUGCCUCCUUCGCAGGGUGGAAAGUUCACCGGGUUCGGUGGAGGUCUGCCCCCGGCGGCUGCUGAGCGUCGCUCCUCGCCCUUUGGGGGGUUUGGCGGCUGGGGGGCGGUGGUGAAGGAUCCCCUGGGGACUUUGACCAAGGGGUUAGGAUGGUUUGCGUCGACAGUGGGCAAAAGUGCCAAGCAAGUAAACGAUUCCUUCUUGCAGCCCACAGCCAAGCAGCUGGCCGAAUCCGACUUUGCGGCGCAGGCCCGUGUUCAGGCCGCGAAUUGGGGUCAGAAUCUCCAAACAGGCGUGCGCGGCGCCGCAGAUCAAUUCAACCGCUUCGUCGAAGGGCCCAGCGACAAUCGCGCCGGUUCUGCCCGCUCGCGCGUUGAACCUGAACGUCGAGACUUUUGGGAUGAAUUUUCGUCCCUUGGCGCACAGGAUCGGAGUGCAGUCACCACUCACGAGCGCAGCGGCUCGCGUUCCGACAAUAUCGGCACUGCUGCGAUGAGAAAGGGCCCCGGAGGAAACUCCGGAUUGGCUUCGUCUACGUCUGUUUCAUCUGGAGGUAUUGGUGCGUCGGCCGCCAAAAGCGAGAGUGAUCAUGGCGGCGCUGCUCCGUCCGGUGCAGCAAAGCCCAAGGACGAGUGGGAUGACAAUUGGUAG